AUGGCUGCUUACCCUUGGUGUUGUUUAGGGCUCGAGAGGACCGACAAUGGCAUGAAACAGACCAAUUGGCCCGACGUCUCGGCCAUUAACCAGAAGAACUACUACACCGAUUACAUGAAGCGCGAUGAUCAGGUCCUGGCACUCCGACUCCAGGCCGAGGCUAAUAGGGCUCUGCUGGUCCAAACUGCCAAGGACCGCGAUAGAGCCCUCGCCCGAGGAGGCCACGGCGAUGUUGCCCUGCCCCUCCCAGACGCCGAGCAGGAGGAGAGCGCUGCCGCCAACGACCCCAAUGCACUGCUCGACCCGAGCAAGAUCAUCGUCAUCCACCCUGGCAGUCAGAAUCUAAGGAUAGGCUACGCCAGCGAUGCCCUGCCCAGGUCCAUCCCAACCACCCUCGCCACCAAGUUUCCGCAGACCGAGUCCGAGAUGCACGAGGCUCUGCCGCGGCGCAAGUUCGAGGGUAAGAACCAGGAUGAGAUACACGGCGAGGACUGGUCCAAGAAAUACCAGAAAUUGUCCGCCGACCUCAAGGUCGACAUGCGUGCCAAUAAACGCAAGGUCCUGCCCAACUCCAAGGAGCUGGUGACUAAUUACAACCGUCGCACGGAGCCCGAAAAGAUUCCCACACACAACGACCCUCUGCAGAUUGAGUGGACAGACAUUGACACUCUCGACGACCCAAACUCUGCAGCCUCUGCGUUUAUUGGACAAGCAGCCUUGAGAGUUCCCGACGACUCGAAUCCCAAGUUCAAGCUGUGGUGGCCUAUCCAACACGGUUGGCUGAACGAGGACGAAUACGCCACGGCAGAGCAUCUCUACGAUGACUUUGAGACCCUGCUGGAUAAGGCAAUUAGGGAAGAGCUUGGGCUCACCACAAAUAGUGUCUGGAAAGAGUACAGCUGUGUUUUUGUCAUUCCAGAUCUCUACGACAAGCGAUACGUCGAAGCAGUGCUCAAGUCGUGCAUGACUUGGUUCGAGUUCAAGAGGAUAUGCUUCAUCCAGGAGAGUAUCGCGGGCUCUUUUGGCGCUGGCUACACUCAGGCUUGCGUUGUCGAUGUUGGCGCGCAAAAGACAUCGAUUGCUUGCGUCGAAGAUGGUCUCAUGAUUGAGGACUCGCGCAUCAACAUGAAGUAUGGCGGUUAUGAUGUCACGGAAACCUUUAUCAAGAUGAUGCUCUACGAUCAAUUUCCUUACCAGGAUAUUAACCUCAGGAGGCGUUACGACUUUUUGCUCGCCGAAGAGCUCAAGAUGAAGUACUGCACCAUGUCCCAAGCCGAGAUCUCGGUGCAAUUAUACCAGUUUCAUCUACGUGCCCCUAACCAGCCAACACACAAGUAUCAGUUCAAAACCUAUGACGAGGUUAUUUUGGCCCCCAUGGGAUAUUACGACCCGAGCAUCUUUGACAAUAGCACCAAGCUCCGCGGUCGUCGGAAACUCAUUGACCGUUCAUACAACCACUACGACGUCGAUGUGCCCGACGACCCUCACUCGGCUGCACAGCUCGCCAUCCUCGCAUUGGUUCAGCCGUCAGUGGCCGCUAGUCAUCAAGCUCCGAACGGCGUCAACCCUUCGGAUCCCAACCUCGCUACGCCAAGCAAAGAGAAGACGUCUUUCAACUUCCUCACCCGUAAUGAAGGAACGCCCAUGGGUUCCACGGCUGCCAGCCCUGCACCUGAGGGCAUCUCAACGCCGGCACCGCCGCCAUUUGUAUUUGGCGCCAAUGGCACGGGGGCUGCGGCGGGAUCACCAGCACCGCCCGGGCCCAACGGCCGGACGGGGACAUCGCCUGCUCCUCCGGCAGGCAUGUUUGUUGAUGCCCAAACGCGGACAGCCAGGCAGAUUGCCGCUGAACGGGACGCAGUCUUGCCUGUGGCGCCACUCGACAUUGCAAUUCUGACGUCGAUCCAGAACGCUGCCAGGGGUGACGAGAAGAAGCUCCGAGACUAUCUGGGAUCAAUCAUGGUGAUUGGCGGCGGUUCAAAGACGCCUCACUUUACACAAACACUCGAGGAGAAGCUACGCGGUAGAAGACCCGACUUGUUCGAUCGCAUCUUGGUGUCUAGAAGCGCGAGAGAUAUGGACGAACAAGUGGUUGUGUGGAAGGGCGCCAGUGUCUUUGCCAAGCUUGGCACCAAUGACAGUUGGGUCACGCCCUAUGAAUACGAAAGACUGGGCAGCAGAAUCCUGCAUCACAAGGUGAUCUGGGCUUAUUAA